ACGCCUUACCAGAUUCCGGAAAGGCGUGGCUGAGAGGAAAAAAUGGCGUUUAACACAUUGCAUACGGCAGGUAUAUGUGUGGCACCAACGUAUUUGUUUAGUUCUAUUUUUUUGUCCAUACUCGUCGCUUUUGCAGCAAUAGAAACAAUAAAGUGUGAUGAUGUUUUCAGUGCUAGUCGAACGGCUUCUGUGUCGGUCUCUGCAGCAAGGGAUCUACGAUACCUUUUAUAUGAUGUAAAUCCCCCUGAAGGGUUUAAUUUGCGAAGAGAUGUCUAUAUCCGCAUGGCCUCUCUGGUGAAGACUUUGAGGAAGGAGGGGGAUGACUGGGUAUUAGUGCUUCCCCCGUGGGGUCGCCUCUAUCACUGGCAAAGUCCUGAUAUUCACCAGAUUCGGAUCCCAUGGGGAGAGUUCUUCAGCCUGACCAGUCUGCAAGCAAAUGUGCCAGUUAUUGAGUAUGAGGAAUUUAUGGCUGAAAAUGGAGGCCCAUUCAUAGAUACGGUUCUUGUGCUGCAAAACUAUGCAGAGGGAUGGACUGAUGGAAAAUGGGAGGAAAAGGUUGAUGAGCGCCCCUGCAUUGAGAAGCUCCUUUACACCAAAGAUAAACAGGGGAACUAUAGGGGCUGGUUUUGGGGCUAUGAAGAAACAAGGGCUCGAAGCGUAACGUGUUUAUCCGCUCAAGGCCAUGCGUCUAUCAUGGCUCCAGUUCUUCAAAAAAACUUCACAGCAACCUCAGUCAUGCUUGAUAGAGCAGAGACUCUUCUACAUGAUCACUAUGCUGGAAAAGACUACUGGGAUACCCGCCGCAGCAUGGUUUUUGCCAAACACCUGCGACUAAUAGGAGAUGACUUCAGAGCAAAAUAUCUGAACUCCACAGAUGAUCGAGAUCAUACAGCAUAUAAUGAAGACUGGACCCGCAUGAGAGCCAAGCCCGGCUCUGCUGUAGGAGGGCCAUAUCUAGCUGUUCAUCUUCGCAGAAAGGACUUCAUUUGGGGUCACAGAGAUGAUGUGCCUAGCCUGAAAGGGGCGGCUAAAAAAAUACUAAGUUUAAUGAAGAAACACAAACUUCAGACGGUUUUUGUUGCCACUGAUGCAGAUGGAGAAGAAAUCAGGGAGCUGAAAAGAUUGUUGCCAGAGAUGGUGCGCUUUGAGCCAACCAAAGACGACUUGGAGUUGCUCAGAGAUGGAGGAGUUGCUAUUAUUGACCAGUGGAUAUGCGCUCAUGCAAGGUUCUUUAUCGGUACAUCUGUGUCCACCUUCUCUUUCCGGAUCCACGAAGAGAGGGAAAUCUUGGGGUUUGACCCCAAAACGACAUACAACCGCUUCUGUGGAGACUCAGAGAAAAACUGUGAACAGCCCACACACUGGAAAAUCGUCUACUAACUUUAACUCUGCCUUUCCAGAAACACUAGUGCCAAGAGGGGCAUUACUUCAUACAGAUUCAUAAAAAAAAAAAAAACACCUGUUACAGUAUUUUAUUUGUAUUGGUUCCACUGUUAGAUGGCCACUGUGUAUUCAGGUCGUGCUUAAAAGGCUGAAACUCUGCUGCUAAAUAUUGUAAACUUUAGAAAUUCAAUUUGUAUACAGUUUUAUUUAGGUAGAUGGUUAGUGUAAAUCCUUCAUAAAGUGUUAUUCCUCCUAAAUCAUUUUGAAAAUAUGUAUUUUUAACUCAAAAGGGUGAAGUGAAAUAUGGCCUGUGCUGCAGUAUUGUCUCUGUAUUUAGCUUAAUGUAAUGUUAUUAAAAUAUUUUUUACUCUUUAAGAAUCUUUCAUGAUGUGCUUUAAGAAUAAAAAAAGCAAAAGGAUAAAAGAAGGAACAACACAAGAAGCUUCUAGAAGGAACGUUAUACAAUGUAUUUAAGAAACUAUACAAGUAAAUAAAAAGCAUUUUUUACCCCCACACAAGAAAUAUGCUUUAAUAAGAUGAUUUAUUUCAAUAAUCCAAUUCAAAAUGGGAAACUUUAGAAUACAUUUCUAUUGAUUAGUGAUGUGUUUCUAGUGUUUAUUUAGGUCUAUCUAAUUAUUAAGAGUUGCAACUAUUGAAAAACAAAAAUUCUAAAAAAUUAGAAUAUCAACGGGUGGACAACAAGUCUAAAUUUUAGAAGAUUUUUUUUAGAAAGACAUGUUAGCAUGAUGAUUAGUAUUUAAGUAAAGGGUUUUCAGUUUAGCAGUGUUCCUUACUGUUAAUUACAUCAUCUUAAAAUAACAUAAUUUCUUAUUACAAACCUUUUUUAUUUUAGCCUGGUACGGUAUAUAAAAUAACUGGGGGAGAAAAACUAGAUCUGAAAUUAACAAAGAGUUUUCUUUAAAAAUAUAUGGAUAUUUUCUAGAGAGAGUGUUUCAGAGUUUAGUAAAUGUUAAAAGGUGAGAAAGGUGAAGAAAUAGAUGGUAAGUACUACAUUUAAAGGAAUGUUUCAGAUGGCUACCUCAUGACUUCAUGACUUUCACAAAGAAAAGAUGGCCAUUUCACCUAGAAUCCAGUAAGGCCCAACCCUGAGGUUUUUAUGAACAAGGUUAUUGAGAUGAUGAUGAUAUAGCUUUUGCUAAUGAAAGGAAAGAAUGUGGCUGUUGCUCUGACAACCUCUUGAAAGCUUAUUUGAAUUUUAUAAAUAUAACAGAAUUAUGUCUGUACUUUCUAAACCUUUAAAGCUUCCAUCAAUCCCUACAUGGGGAUUUAAAGCCGUGUUUCCUUUACCUUAGCUGUGCAAGGUGAAUGCAUGAGGGAAAAAAGUCAGCUUUUCCCAGUUGAUUUUCCUCGUGAUACUGUUUGUUGUCUGAUCCCAGUGGACAACCACACCAUCUCAACAACAGCCUACAAAAAUAAUAGAGUGUAUUUGAUACUAUCAUCCAAACCUUUACAUUUACAUUUCUGGAUUUUAAUGAAAUCACAUCUGUCAGAUAUCAACUCCUUUAUUAUUAAAGUAUGAAAGAACACAUGAUUAAUCAACACCAGCAGAUAAGAUGACUAAUGCUGCAAGAAAUCAGAUAAUCUGCCUUCUAAGAAAGCACUUAUUUAAUUAGAGGUAAAUUAUGUUUGAUAAUCAUGGUUAUGUAAAGCUGAUUUUUCUGAAAGACCUUUUAGCAGGUUUUAAACAUACUUUUCAUUAGGCCAGUAUUGUUGUAUUCAAGGUGUAUUUUUGUUUCUUUUUCAUCAGUUUAAUGUGAUAUUCUUAGUCCUUCAUGAUGAAGUGGAUCUUUGACUUGUUUUGAAUACCGAAUGCAACAGAAAGGGCAUCUGGCCUUAAAACUGCUAAGUCUGUGUUCAAGCUGUAAUGACUUGAUGUGGCAACCUCGGAAGAAAAGAGCAGCUGAAAGGAUUCAUCAUCAGGGUGAUAUUAAAAAUGUUAAAAGAAAAGCAUCAAAAAGGCCAAAAAUAAAGGCUUGAAAA